UUUUUUUUUUGGUGGUCUCUCUUCGGCAGCGGCUGUUCUUCCCCAGCAGCAGCAGCAAGCAGCAGCAGCAACACAGGCAAUGACUGUGCCGCAUCCGACUCGCCUGGCCGCUGGUGCCGGCUCCGGGGACGUCUCGUUGCCCUGAAGUUGCCCACCUGGAGGAGGUAAAAGCGGGGCUGCGGUCCCAGGGGGUCGGCGACGACGGGGGAGAGGAGACAGCGAUCGCCUCCCCCAUCCCCACACACCCUCCGUCCUCCGGGAGGGAGCCAGCGUUGCAGAAGAACGAGGCUGUAAAGGAGAGACUUUUUCUUCUUCCUUUUUAUUUUUUUUUCCUUUUUAUUUUUCUUUUCAAUUUUCCUUCCUUGGGCGACAGUCCUUGCCUCUCGUGUUCCCUUCCUCCUGUCUGGGGGGCUUCGGUACUGUGGCCAGGUCUGCUUCCUGCCCCCCCCCCCCCCCUGUUUUUUAAUGGAUGGAUUGUGGCAGCAGCUCCCUGCUGCAGGUUGUUGAGGAGCCGAUGGGGACUUGCAUCUCAGGAGCCGGAGGUGACUAAAGAAAUGCUGAAUUUGGUACUCUGCAAAACUAGCGUGUGGAUUUUUAGCACCUGAAGAACAAGAAAAGGUCUCAGAUUCUGGAUACUGUCUGUGGGAUUUUUUUUUAUUGCUUUUUUUUUAAUUAUAAUUUUUGAUUGGCUUUUUCCCCUUUCUCGGAUGUGAGUCGAAGGCCAACAGUCGAAGUGCUGGAAGCAAGUGCAGGAGGACGCUCACCUUGUUUUGUUUGAACUCUUGUUUGCUGGGAUACUUUCAAGCCCUCCUUCACAGUCAUGUGGUCAUCACAGCUGCUGUUCUUCACAAUGCUCUUCACACCGUUAGCUCAUGCUUUCAGCCGAGCCCCGGUCCCCAUGGCUGUGGUCCGAAGGGAGCUGUCCUGUGAGAGUUACCCCAUCGAGCUCCGCUGCCCGGGAACAGAUGUUAUCAUGAUCGAAAGUGCCAACUACGGGAGGACUGACGAUAAAAUCUGUGACUCUGAUCCUGCUCAGAUGGAGAAUAUCCGCUGUUAUCUGCCAGAUGCCUAUAAGAUUAUGACUCAAAGUCCUGGUGUCAGAAUGAUCCGACUUACGAAAAUACUGAAGUAAUUAAGGAUGUGGUUG